AUGUCGGCCAGUCCGAGUUGCGAGCGUGUGCUCCCUGACCAGCAGUCAAUGCCACCACAAGCUGUCGAAGGUUUCGCCCCGCCAACUUCUUUCAAGUGCACAGCUGAUCCAUCCCCGAGCUCCUCCAACACUUCGAGCUCCUCUUCAAGUCAACUACUAGCAGACCUGCUGGAACAAGGUCCAGAUGAUGAGGCAAAGACUGGACAGCACCAUGCCGCACUCGCGGUCCUCGCCCAACUCCUCCUUGUGGACCAUGACGGAACGCAGAUGCAAGUGAAUGACAACGCCCACCUCCUGCGUGAAGCCACUGCUUCAUGCCACUAUUUGGACAUUGUUAAGGUCGCACUGGACGUCUCCAAACGUCCAUCGGAUCUUGCAGCCUGUGAAUUCGCAGGUGCCGCCUCCUGUCCGUCUUCAAUGACCCCUGCCUCGGUCAAAGAGGAUUCAGCAUCAAAAGCGAACGCCGGCCAGCUCACUUUCCCCAUCCCGUCAAACGAGAACGAGCGAGUAAGCACCAUUGAGCACCUUCGACUCCACGAUAUAGUCGACGUUCCGGAGCUCAACGUGAUCUGCGCACUCGCUUCUGCUGAGCUGAAUUGUCCACACAGUGUCCUGACGCUCGUGGAACGUGACAUCGUGACGUUGCUGGCAACAAACGCGCCCGAGACCUGGAAAGUCGGGAGCGGCAAUGCGCGUGAGCAGACGUUUUGUCAGCACUUUGUCAUGCAGGACCAACCAUUCCUCGUAGACCACGCGGAAGCCGACGAACGUUUCCGCCACAUUGCUCCAGUGAAACUGAUGAGUCUGCAGUUCUACACUGGCUUUCCAGUCUCUGUCACGUUGAACGGACGUGACGGUGAUACAAAGGUCGUGGUCGGUGCGCUGUGCUGUAUGGACGAGACGUCACAUGAGGUGACGAGGUCGCAGUACUGGCGACUCAUGAAACUUGCUGACGCAGCGUCCAAGAUCUUUGAGAAAUACGCGAACGAGCACAUUGCUAUGUAA